CAUCCUUCAGGCUCGGCAGCGGACAUUUGUGUGGAGGACCUCGGGAGUGAGGGACGUGUUGAGCCGCCUCUCUCCAGCCGGGGUGCAGCCUCUAUAGCCCCGCUGUACUCGUCCGGUGUCACCGCUGCACACACUGAUGUGAUUGAUAUUUGAUUUUUAUUGCUGUCACCACUCGAGACAACAUUUCUGUCUGUUUUUUACGCGUCACAUUUUUCCUGUUCAACUUCAGGAUUUCUGCUGGUGGUUUAAUCCCAACUCCGGGCGCUGCUCCAUCUGGAGCUUUUUCUACUGCACUUCUGAAUCAGUAACUUUGGAGCAGCCCGAGGAGACAGCCUGCCGCCAGCCGGAGAUCCGACACCGAGCACAGCCUAUAUUUGUCCGCUCGGCUGUGUGCGGAGAGGAAGGAGGAAACCCAGCUCCUGUCGCCACCUCCGCCACCAGCCUCCUGCUCCGCCGCACGGAGGGAGCAGCAGCAGAGGAAGAAGAAGAAGAAGAGGAGGAUUUAGGCUGAAUUACACCAAGGGAUAUAAAGCUGGAGGAGAUUUGACGAUCUCAAAGGUGCUCGGCACAAUGGGGCUCCGAAACCUCUGAGGGUUGAGCACAAAAGGCCGAGGGGAAGAGGAAGAAUAAAGCCAAGGGAGGGGGAAAAGAGGACAAAAGAGGAGGAGGAGGUGGAACAGAAGAAGGAGGGAAGAUUCUUGCCCGGCGCCUGGCGAGCAGGAGAGCUUUUCGGCAGAAGAGUGGGCGGAGAAGGAGAGGGAGGGAGGGAGAUUUGAAAGGAGGGAUUUGCUCGAUCUGUCGGGGGUGCAUGCUCCCCCCUAAGUCCCCCCCUCCCACUUGGCCAUCCUCCUUUUUAUUUUUGUUUCUGCAUCACUGACAGGCCCACAAAAGGAAAAGAAUGCGUAAUAAACUAAGUUGGGGACGCCUCGGGGCGAGCAGGGGCCUCGAUGUGAGACUACCCAGGACUAGAGCCUUGCUGCUGGGUUUGCUUCUGGCCGUAGCGGGCUGGCUCCCUCAGCCGGUCCAUGCAGAUGUGGAGAUCGAUGUGCUGGGAGAGAUGGUGUUGAUGGAAGGAGGUGGAGAGAGUGACGUAGACAGGAGAAGCGACCUGGAGGCCUCCAUGCACUCCUCGCUCCUUCGGGACUUCCAGGAAGUGACGGAAGGUAUCCGGGCGAUGGAGGUUGUUGCUGGAGACACCGGCGAGCCUGCGGCGACUCAGCAGAACACGGCCGCGCCCACCGCCUUCCCGGACUCCUCGGCGGUAGUGGGUCGGAUCUUCCAGAUGACAGUGCCAAACAAGAUGGAGGAUGUUUACCUGGGUGACAUUGUCAAGAUCACAGAGAUGGGGAAGGACUCCCUCCCUGCCUGGCUGCACUGGGACGCCAGCAGCAGGAUCCUUCAGGGUCUGCCUUUGGAGGAGGACAAAGGCGUCCAUUACAUCUCUGUAUCCAUCUCCAACCACACCAAAUCCUCCACUUCUUCAGAGGUGUUUUCCAUCGAGGUUCAUCCCGAAGAUCAUCUGGACGCAGAUUCAGCCCAGCUGGCGUCCAACCAGGCCUCCACCGAAGACGACGUCCAGCCAUUCAUGUGUAGCAACGAGGAGCCGGUCACGGUGCUGACGGUGAUCCUGGACGCCGAUCUGACCAAGAUGAGCUCAGAGCAGAGGGUGGAGCUUCUGGACGACAUGAGGAGCUUCUCUGGGGUGGGGCUCCAGCACAUGAAGAUCCUCCCCGUGGUCAACAACAGGCUGUUUGACAUGUCUGCGUUCAUGGCAGGACCGGGGAACGCCAAAAAGGUGGUGGAGAAUGGCGCUCUGUUGUCCUGGAAGCUCGGCUGCUCGCUGGACCAGAGCACCGUCCCAAACAUCAACAGUGUCCAGGGUCCUGCAAAGGAAGGCACGAUGUCGGCCAAGCUGGGCUACCCUGUGGUGGGAUGGCACAUCGCCAACAAGAAACCCCACGUCCCUAAACGUGUGAGGCGCCAAUUAAACAACACUCCAACACCUGUUCUGGCUGUGCUUCCUCCUACAACUGUAGUGGAGCCUCCAGUGAGGAUUAUUCCAACACUCUCGUCUCCUUCUAUCGCUGCACCAACCGAAAGCUCUGCUCCGCCUGUAAGAGGCCCCGUUCCCCUGCCAGGAAAGCCUACAAUCAGAGUCCGUGACCCUAUUGCCCACACCCCGACCCUGGGGCCCCCUCAACCAACCAGAGUCAUGGAGACCACCAGCACGCUUCCUAUCCAGCCAACCAUGACCAGGCCUACUUAUGUGGAGGCGACCGCCACACCACCUGUACCAACUAAAAGACCGACCAAGAAAACUAAGAGACCUAAAACCACACCUGUGCCCAGAGAGCCAAAGACCUCCACAGCGAAGCCGUCCAGGCGCACCACACCGUCACCAGCCAUCAUCCCGGACCCAUACAACGAGAAGCCUGUCCUGCGUAACCCCAUCGACCAGGUCAACGCAUUGGUGGGCACCUACUUCGAGGUUAAGAUCCCAUCUGAUACCUUCUUUGAUAAAGAGGACGGGACCACUGACAAGCUGCGUCUAACGCUGAGACAGAAUCACAAUGAGGUGGUCGGAGAGGGCUCCUGGAUCCAGUUCAACACCACCAGCCAGCUCCUGUACGGCCUGCCUGACGUCCAACACGUGGGGAAACACGAAUACUUCAUGCAGGCGACUGACAAAGGAGGCCUGAACGCAAUCGAUGCUUUUGAGGUGCGUGUGAACCGCUGGCCCAUCAACGACAAGACCCCCGUGAUUUUCACUGCCAGAUUCGACGGUGAGCCUCGUUCAGUUACGAAUGACAUCCACAAGAAGAUCCUUCUGGUCAAGAAGCUGGCGUACGCGCUGGGCGACCGCAACAGCAGCACGGUCAGUCUACGAAACAUCAGCAAAGGCUCCAUUGUGGUGGAGUGGACAAACACCAGCCUCCCGCAGCACCCGUGUCCAAAAGAACAGCUCACGGUCAUGAGCCGGACGCUCGCCAGUGCUGACGGAAAACCCUCACAGACAUUCAGGUACUCUAUGGAGCCUGAGUUCAAACCGCUGGAUGUCAUGGUGAAGGGAAGGGCGAGCUGCAGAACGUAUUCCUUCAUCCCGCCAGGAGAGAUCGAUAUACCAGAACCUCCAGCAAUCACUCCGGCUUCAGGAACAGGCCGGCAGAGCACAGAUGACGUCUAUCUCCACACGGUCAUUCCCGCCGUGGUGGUGGCGGCGAUCUUGCUAAUAGCAGGCAUCAUCGCGAUGAUCUGCUACAGGAAGAAACGAAAGGGCAAGCUGACCAUCGAGGACCAGGCCACCUUCAUCAAAAAAGGCGUGCCGAUCAUUUUCGCAGAUGAACUUGACGACUCUAAGCCGCCUCCGUCGUCCAGCAUGCCCUUGAUCCUACAGGAAGAGAAGCCCCCUCUUCCACCGCCCGAGUACCCCAACAUGGCCACGCCAGAGACCACUCCCCUCAACCAGGAGCUGCUGGGGGAGUACACAGCUCUGCGUGAUGAAGACCCCAAUGCGCCUCCCUACCAGCCACCUCCUCCCUUCACCACUCCCAUGGAGGGCAAGGGCUCCCGUCCCAAGAACAUGACUCCCUACAGAUCUCCACCUCCCUACGUGCCACCCUAAGACUUGUUACACCCUCCCCUCGUAGGGUGGAGGGAGAGGACGCCUGAGGAACUGUGACGGUUUCCAUUCUGGUGUUUGUCUGUCUGGACAUUUACAGGGAGAGAUGACAAGAGGUGCUAAAGUACAAAACAGCGAUGGGGGACUUUGGUGUGGGAGGGGGCGCGACGAGUCGGGUGGGGUUUUACAGGUGGGAUGAUUGGUUGAAACAGCUGGGAGGGACUACUGUUUUAGUGGUAGCCCAGCUACUACAGUGGCCUAAGACAAACAAAUUCUCGUCACAUUGGCUUUUGGAUCGACCAGUUGGUCAGAAGCGACGACUGGGAGACGCGCUCUCCCUUCCCAGCAUCCAUUUCGUUCUCUGUUGAUUUAAAAUACUGGCUUUCAUUUUGUUUUUUCAUCAUUAUCCCCAGGUUAUUCUUCUUUUUUUUUGUCUCUGGACUGAACCGUUUGCCUAACAACUCGUCUUUUGUCUUGCUUUUAAAUAAUACGAGGAGACAGUGAACUGCCAUCAGACCACUGCAGGCAACAACUCGUGUUUUUACUGAGGAGACUGAGAUUCUCUGAAAAUGAAAAAACCCAUCACAAGGAUCUCAAAUCACCCUGCAGACGACACAAGAGGACGUGAGGCCGCGGUGUGUGUGUGUGUGUGUGUGUGCGUGCGUGUGGGUAUGUGUGAGAAUGAGUGGGAGUGUGUAUUCAGAUUCAGUACGGUUUGCCUUUUAACACUAGUUGUCUGUUUCUAUCCUUAUUCACAAUGUCUAGUAAAGAUGAGAAUAACAAGGUAGCCUAAAAAAGAUUUAGAGAUGAAUAAUAAAUAAUUUGUUUGUUUCAUUGGUUUUAAAAUUCACUGUAUAUCUGGAAGAUGUUCUGAUAGAUUGUGUUCUAUUUUUUUGGUGGUGGAGGGAAGCGGCAGGAAGAGGACUGCCUCGCUGAAAUAACCUGCGGGAGCUCCUUACUUCCUGUUUGGAUACGACUGCAGGUCAAUUACAGUCCAUCAGAGGGUAAUCUUCCUCUCAGCAGAUCUAACAGGGCCGAUAAGGUGGAAGGAAUCUGAGUGGGAGGAGGUUAAGAAAGAAGCUUUUCUUGUUCUAACAAUAAACUUAUUUAUUAUGUUUUAAUGUGAAACUUUCUCGUUGUAACAAGAUAUGUUUUAUGUUUUUACAAAAUAAUUUCAUGUUAUAACAAGAAACCUGUAAAAAUAAACUUUUUUUUGUUAAAAAAGAGAAAUAUUUCUUUCUAAAGAGAUACUUUACCUUUUGUUAAUACGUGAAACUUUUCACGCAUUAACAAGAUGUUUUCUUGUUCUAACAAUAAACAUAUUUAUCUUGUUAUGACGUGAAACUUUUCUUGUUAUUACAAAAAAAGUAUAUAAAUUAAUAAAGUUUUUUUCUUGUUUAAGAAGAAAAGUUUCACGUUUCGACACUUUCAUGUGAUAACAAACUGUUCUUGUAAAGAAAAAAUGUUUCUUGGUAUAACAAUAUACUUAUUUAUCCUGCUAAUACAAGAAAUUUUUCACGUUAUAACAUAAGAUGUUUUUUUUUUUUAUAACAAGAAAACCUUUGUUAUAUCAAGAUACUUUUUAUGUUUUAACAAGAUCUUUUUACAUUAUAACAAGACGUGUUUACCUGUUUCUUGUUAUAAUGUGAAAAGAUCUUGUUAAAACGUAAAAAAAAAUAUCUUGAUAUAACAAAGGUUUUCUUGUUAGAAAAAAAGUCUUGUUAAUGCGUGAAAAAUGUCAAAUAUUAACAAGAUAAAUAAGUGUAUUGUUUUUCCAAGAAAAAAUUAUUAAAUCUUGUAAAAACUUGAAACUUUUCUUGGUAUAACGAGAUUUUGUUUUUACGUAUUCUUGAAGUUUUCAUGUUAUAACAAACAUUUCUCGUUGUUCUCGUUAUAACGAUACUUAUUUGUUAUAAAGUGAAACUUUUCUUGCUAAAACAAGAAACUUUUCACGUUAAAACUUGAUUCUGAUCAGUUAUUUUUUCCUGGCGUGGUAGUUUUACACUUUCGUAGUUUCAGUUCACGCAGUUUGGCCUUGAUUUGUCGACAGUAAAGUUAAUAAUACAGUAACAGUUAAACGCCCAGCCUUCAUACGUGUACUCAAACAGGAAAAGGAGACCUGCAGUUUAUUUUGGAGCAGGGAUAAUUAUUUUUUUAUGUAUUGAGGCAGUUCUUCUCCUCCGUCGGAGAAACUUUGUGUGCCAUGGAGACUCUCCCUGAUGGGAUUGUACAGAUUCUCACAUUGUAGAGGUCACAGAGGAGGCGAUGGAGGCCGAGAUUCAGAAGGAAGAAAGAACCCUGAAGUUCCAGUAAUUAGCUCACAACGAAAAUCUCCUUCUAAUUUUUUUACCAAGUUUUUGAUACAGCCUCAAACGGUUUGAUUAUUAAAAUAAAACAUGAUUAAUGAUUAGUCUUCUGUGAUUUGUAAAAUUUUAGCCUAGAAGUUCGAUUAUGAUUCAGUUAUGUACACUUUGUUUUCUUUUUGUUUCUGUCAUGGGUCACAUUUUCUCAAGUGUUUUAUUUUAUCGUGUGUGUUUGCAUAUCGAAAUGUAUCUCCCACUAUACAAAGAUGGAAUGACCCAUAUUUUAUGUAAUCACAAAUUUUAUUUUUAUGUCCUUAUGUUUGCUAAUGAGUUUCAACUGAAAGUGACCCUUUGCAAUAAUAAUGUAAGGCGCAGUCCACUCAGUGGCUGGUCGAUGCAGGCUCGAGCAAGUGACUCGUAUUGUCAUAAUCUUGUUGGUUUUUGCAGGAUGCCAAGGCUUUUUUGCUUAUCAAGUGUGCAUUGUCAUAAUAAAACCAACUGGUACGAUAAAAAACCAA